UCUAGCCACUGGCUAUUCUCUGAACAAUAUUUAUUGUAGCUGUAGAUGAGCAAACAUACAUCAGAUAAGUUUAAUCGUAACUACGCAAUAGACUUUCAAUGGAUUCCAAUAAUAAUUACAUUUAUGUUCAGUGACAUAGAAAUGGUCAUUAUUUGUUCAAACAAAUGGCUCUCUCGAUGUCAGAUAUCUCCAUAUUUUGUACCUAUCAAUCGUUAAGAAUUGGUAAAUGAAUUUUCGGAAACUGACAGGCUUAUCAAAAAAGCGUUUCAUGGUUUGCUGGAAACUUUUUCUUGUUCAGGAACUCUUUUAUUUUUCUUGAUCAGAGUGGAUUCGUACCGUAUAUACUGACAAUAUGAGGAAACAUUUUUGACUGUAAUUUCAAAACAACUGAUUAAUCCUUAAUAUUCACCUCAUGUUAUUCUUUUAGUUAUCUCGUGUCGUUUCUUUGAAUUUAAUUUCUGUCUGAAUUAUAUGUGGAAUUGAAUUAUCAAUAGUGUGUGAUUAGUGACUGGUGAGACAUGCACUCAAGAAUAAUCGAGUAAAUGAAAUCAGUGCAAUUCAAUUCACAUGGAAAUUAAUCGAAUUAACCAUCCUACUGUCUCUCGAUUGUUUGCAAACUCCCAAGUGAUUUAAUUUUCAAAUUUGUAAAAUAGAAUAGAUUUUUUUUGCUAAAUAAAUUGUCAGUGAGUCUGUGUGGCUAAUCUUCAGUGUAUUCAGUGUAUCAAGUAAGUUUAGUUUUCAUAGUAUUUUGUAUCGAUUUUUUUCUGCUCCUAACCCAGUCUAAUUCAAAACCCGAAUUGGAUUUCUGUAUGUUAUCAAUAGAGUGUGUGAGUCAUGCAUUCAACAAUAAUAAUUAAGUGAAAAAAAUCAGUGCAGUUCAAGUGAAUUGAUCGAAUCGACCAUCGUACUAUCUCUUGAUUGUUUGCGAACACCCAAAAAGUGAUACAAUUUUCAAAUGUGUGAAAUAAAAUACAACAUUUUUCUGCUAAAUGAAUUCCAGUGAGUCGGUGUGGCUAAUCGUUAAUAAAUUCAGUGUAUCAAAUAUUCCAUGGACAUUUACCUAACUUAGGAUACUUUAAUUCGGAUACUGGACUAGCGAAGGACCGUUUCAAAUGGAUUAUGCAAUUGUGUACUCACUACUCCUACUUGCGUUGGUUUCACUGGCUGACCCACAAGUACAUUAUGAUCCUACAUGGAUUGUUCAACCCGCGAAUAUUAGAGAGCUAUUUUCUUUGGAGAAUUCUCAUGACAGGAAUGUAAGAGACACCGGUACCUCCAAGUCUUCUUCUUCAAAUAACGGCACCUUCUCUAUAGAGUCUGGAGUUGGACCAGGAAUUUGCCUAAACGUAACAAGGGAGAAAGAAACCAAGUAUGAAGUGAAAAGGAAAAGUACUUUGAACUAUGUGUACAAGGCUGGCUGCAAGAACACGAGGUCAAUGAUGGACUGCUUUGAACCUCGUCUCGAAUACACAAAUGAAAUUGUUCCAGUGGAGCAUUUUGUCAGAGUAAGAACCCCGUUCUGCUGUGAGGGAUACACACAAGUUGCGAGUCGAAAUUCAACAUCAGAAGAGGAAUCAAGUUAUAUAAGUAGAUCAUGGCCUGAUGGUGACAUUUAUUGCAAGCCUGUUUGCAAUCCUCCCUGCAUCAAUGGACACUGUGCCGCUCCUAAUACAUGCAAAUGCCCCAAACAAAUGGUCCUCAUGGAAGAUAACAGAACAUGUGAAGUGCCCGAAUGUAAGCCAGAUUGUGUGAAUGCUGACUGUGUUGGUCACAACAAAUGCAAAUGCCAUCGAUUGUAUGUUAAAGACCCAUCAGAAGUGAACUUUUGUGUGCCCCACUGCUCAGUGCCCUGCAAAAACAACAGCUACUGCUAUAUGCCCAACGAAUGUCGAUGCAUGAAUGGACACAGGCGUAAUCCAAUCUCUGAAAAAUGUGAACCAAUUUGUCAACUGAACUGUGUUAAUGGUUACUGUAGUACAGCAAAAGAGUGCACUUGUUUUGAAGGGUUUACAAAAGUGGUGGGAAGUAAUAACAAGUGUGAACCCAAGUGUGAGAAUUGUAAGAAUGGUGUGUGCACAGCUCCCGGUGUUUGCAAGUGUAACGAUUUGUAUAAAUACAAUGAAAAGACAAAAAAUUGUGAAGCAGAAUGUCCUUCAGAUUGUACCCAAGGCUGUGACAUACCCAUGCAGUGCAAAGGGUGUAAAGAGGGUUAUACAAGGACGGAAGGUAGUUUGGAUUGCCGUCCACAAUGCAAGGGUUGCCAAAAUGGUGUGUGCUCAGCUCCCGGUGUUUGCAAGUGUAACCAUUUGUAUGAAUACAACGAAACUACAAAGAAUUGUACACCAAAAUGCCUUAAAGGAUGUACCCGUGGUUGUGAUACACCUAUGACAUGUAAAGAAUGUGGAGAAGGAUAUAAAAUUAAAAAUGGUAGUCUUGAAUGCGAGCCUGAAUGUAAGGGAUGUAACAACGGUGUAUGCACAGCUCCUGAUGUUUGCAAGUGUAACAAUUUGUAUGAAUACAAUGAAACAACAGAGAAUUGUACACCAAAAUGUAUAGAAGGCUGUACCCGUGGUUGUGAUACACCCAUGACAUGUAAAAAAUGUGAGGAAGGAUAUAAAAUUAAAAAUGGUAGUCUUGAAUGCGAGCCUGAAUGUAAGGGAUGUAACAACGGUGUAUGCACAGCUCCCGGUGUUUGUAAAUGUAAUGAUCUCUACAAAUACAAUGGAACAACCAACAAUUGUACUCCUGAGUGCCCUGAAGACUGUUCAGCUGGUUGUGAUUCGCCGAUGCAGUGCAAUGCAUGUGGAGAAGGAUACAAGAGGAUCGUUGGUGGCCCAAAUUGUGAACCAGAAUGCAAGGGGUGUGGAAAUGGAGAAUGUAUGGCGCCAGGAGUGUGCUUAUGUAAAGAAGGCUAUGCUCGUGACUUGGAUGACACAGAAUGUGUUCCCAAGUGUGAUCCCGUUUGUAGAAAUGGCGUUUGCUCAGCUCCAAAAACAUGCACUUGUUUCAAAGGUUAUCACAUGGUGAAUGAAAGUGUCUGUGAAAGUGAUACAGCAUCGUGCAGUAAAUCUGUUGAGGACAAAAUUAAACUGACACACAAUGAUAGCUGUGUAGAUUUACAUGAACCUCUCCAACUGUACACUGAUUACUGUUCAUCACAGUUUACCAAUUCAUCAUGCUCUGAUGAAUUAUUGUGUUCCACUCCAGAGACAGAAACUCAUCCAAUUUGCAGUAUGCAUUACAUGUGUGAAUUUGUUGAGGUCCCUAUGCUACACAGUCACUCAGUACAACUGCAAUGUCGGUGGAGGAAUCGAAAAAUGCUUGACAAAAACACAACAAUCGAAUUUGAUUCCAGUGCCAACAGUACAACGGCUGUGAGAGGUUCCAACGCUAACAUGCAAGAUGAUUAUCUACCGCUUCACUUCUUCAGAUCAGACUUUCAUCUAAAGCCUUGCCUGUUAUGUUUAUGUCCAGUCAAUGAAACAAGGAGUUUCUGCUCGAAUGAAUCAUAUGCGUUCAGACUAUGUGCUUGUGGCUCGUCGGAGAUGGCUGUUAUUAUAGAAGAUUCAGAAAAUGGUUUAUUCAAACAAUACAUUCAUAUUUCCAAUUAUAUAUUGUAUUUCAUUUGCAUUCUAAUGAUUGUCGUGGUUUUGUUUGCUGUGAAAAUUAAGUGCAAUAAUAUGAAGAAUGAAGCUAAGACUUAUGUUGUAUCAUCAUUCAGCAACGAUUUAUAUUGUGAUGGUAUUAGUAAAUUCGAAGAAACUGAACAUGUGUAUGCUGAAAUUGAAUAUGAUGGAUACGAGCAACCUAAAAAUAUAAUGCUUGAAUUUAACAAUUCAUGAAAUUCGUAUGAGACCGAAACAUUGUGCUGCUGGACAUACUCAAAUUAAGGAAAGUGAUUCUCGACUACAGUACUUCACUCAAUGCAUUCCAAUUCAAUUAAACUUGAUUCAAAGAAUGAAUCCAUGCUACUGUAAAUGAUGAAUUGUUUCCUAUUGUUCUAACCUGUUUAUUUGUUUACAAAUUCCUUAUAUCUCCUCAUGAGACAAUAAAAACGUCUUAGUAGUUAGAAACUAUGUUCUCCAGAUCUCUUGUGAUAUUCAAUGUAGUAGACGAUGUCAUUUUUUGUCAGAAAAUUUCUCAUCUGUUAGUAGAUUUUCAUCUCACUGUCUAUCUGUGUAUCUGUUAUAUCUUUCAUAAUUUCUCAUUGAGAAGAACUGUGCAUAAUGAGAAAGAUGAAAAAAGAAAAAAAUUGUUAACUGCUCUAGAACUUGAGAUGAGAACGUCCACAACUUACAUUAAAGUAAACUAUCCAACAAAGUAUUACCAUGAAUUUAAAAAUGAUUAACUUAGGCUUUUUCAAUCUAGAGAACUAUCCAUUAAAAUAUUAAGCUGAUAUUUGUACAUGUAUGUGUUUAUAUUAUUUGUCAUAUUUAUGAUUAAACAAAAUAAUUACUAUGAUACUUA